GGAGAUGCACCAGGGGAGCAUUCAUGCAGCUGAUUAAGGUGGAUGAGAACCUCCAACAGGAUCUGAACUUUGAUUACAUACUAGUUAUUGAUACGGAAGGGCUCCGGGCCAUAGAGAUAGCCAAUAAGUUGUCCCUUAAUCAUGAUAAUGAGCUAGCCACCUUCGUCAUUGGUAUUGGCAACAUGACUGUGAUCAAUAUCUUUGGAGAGAAUCCUUCAGAAAUGCAAGAUAUCCUGCAGAUCGCUGUCCAGGCAUUUCUGAGGAUGAAGAAAGUAAAUCUCUCCCCAAGCUGUUUGUUUGUGCACCAAAAUGUUGGAGAAAUAAGUGCAAAAGGAAAAAAUAUGGAAGGACAAAGACGCCUCCAGCAAAAGUUAGAUGAAAUGGCAGUUACUGCCGCCCAGCAAGAGUUCUGUGAUGUUACCUGCUUUAAUGAUGUUAUCCGAUUUGAUGUGAACACCCACAUUCAUUACUUUGCUCACCUCUGGGAAGGAAACCCACCAAUGGCACCUCCGAAUCCCAGUUACAGCCAAAAUGUGCAGGAACUGAAGAGCAAGAUUCUCAUGGCUGCCAAAAAGGAAUCUCAGGGCAGUGUUUUAACGCUUUCUGGGUUAAAAGGCCGAAUCGGUGAUUUGUGGAAGGCUUUGUUAAAUGAGAAUUUUAUUUUUAGCUUUAAGAACACGCUGGAGAUUGCAGCAUACAGCAGGUUAGAAAAUAUGUUUAGCCAAUGGACCUGGCAGCUGAGAAGUCACAUGCUAGAGCUGCAGAUACAACUAAACAAUCAAAUCAGGAACAAAGAAAUGCUCCAGAUCACCAGAGAAAGCCUUGAAGAAGGAGUUAAAAAAAAAUAUGGUGCCAUCAUGGAUCAACUCGAAAAGUAUUUCAGUGAAGACCCAGAUGCUGAAAUAUUGAUUCAAUGGAAAGCAAACAUAGAAAUUAAACUGACAGAUCUUAAAAAGUCACUUAUUGAGGAAACUAUGAGGAAAUCUGAAGACCUUAUCAGACUAAGGAAGAACCAAAGCAAACUGGAUGAAAGAAAGUCAGAAUAUGAAAAGGAGCUAUUCAAAAAGAGCCAAGAGUUGGCUCUGUCAUUAAAAGGCAAGGAAUUGAGUGAAAAUGAACUGAGACACAACUUCAACCUCCUGUGGGGAAAAUGGGUCUGUGAAGUGUCCUCUGAUGCCCCUCCUGCUACAGAGCCUAACAUCAGGGUUGAUAUAGAAAACAUCCUGCUCGAGCGUUUUGAACCGAAGUCUGUCAUAGCAGAAAAAAUUAAGGCCUGUUCUAGCAAGAAUAUGUUUUCCACUGAUUUUUCGAAGCAUAUCACCAUAAAGAAAACAUUGUAUGUAUUCAAGAAGACUUUAGAGAAGUUUGAUAGAGACACCAUAGAGCAGGUUACAGGUCGCAUCACACAGGGGGUCAAAGCAAUGAUCGAUAGGAAAGAGCAGCAGAGACUGGAUUACAGUGCAAGUUACAUUCAUGAAAUACUGAAUAAAAUAAGACAAGAGGUGGACUCUGCAGCUAAUAACCCAAAGUACAAAUUUAAUAAUGAUUACAUAAUAGAUUUAUCAGUAUUUUUAUGCAAAAUGGCAAGAGAAAGGUUUGAAGACAUGCACACAGCAUUUAAAAACGCAAAUAAUCCAACUGUCUACCUGGAGAGUAAAAGAGAAGAUUUCUUCAAGUGUUUUCAGAUUUCCUGCCAAGGAGCAACCUCUAUCACAGCAUUUGCUGAUUUCCUAUGCACCAAGCUUUCUGCAGCUCUCCGCCAGGCAGUCUAUGACAAGACUGCCAUUGACAUAGCCAGUGAGAUGAAGUCUACACUUCCAGCUUUCAAUGGGAACAGAUCCAAACUAGAAAACUAUAUUCUUGUGUAUCUGGCAGAGAAGGAAGACUUUGAGGAGUACAAGCGAUACAUUCAAUCCCCAAAAUACUUUUUUGAGGAUUUUAUCAAGCAGCGUGUUGAUGAUUAUUGCUUAGACAAGAACAAUCCAAAACUGAAGAGUUUCCUAAAAAAUUCCCUUGAUUCUUUUCAUACUCUUGUCCUUUCAGCUAUUCGCGACUCAACUGAAGUUACUAAAGACAGAAGUGGCAAUGUAUCCUUAUGGCUGGAUGAAUUUUGCAGGAGACUUCUACAGCAUUUAACCCUUCCAAGAGAUGAUCUAAAAAGCAUUGAACAUCAGGAGGUAACCGACAUAGAGUUUCUUAAGGCAGCAAUGAGUAAAGCAUUGUCUCCUGUGGUAGAAAAUCUGAAAAAAGACUUUACUACCAUUGAUAUGGGGCCAUUUUCAAGAAAACCACAUGAAAUACUAGCUGAACAGCUUGGUGGGUGCUGGGAGAAGUGUCCCUUUUGCACAGCUCUUUGCACAAACACCAUAGCUGGUCAUGAUGGAAAACACAGUGUUCCUUUCCAUCGGCCUCGAGCUGUGGAUGGUGGAUACUGGCAUAAAACAGACAAUCUAGUUAUUGAGAUUUGUUCCAGUCUUGUAGCAAGUGAUUGCUUACACAUACUUCGUGACGAUCGACGCAUUCCAUACAAGAAAUACUGGGAAGGAGGAUCUCCUUAUUCUGACUGGAAGAUCACACCAGACAUGUCAGAGCAGUCUUACUGGAAAUGGUUUGUGUGUCAUUUCAAGGCAGAGAUAGAAAAACUCCAUGGUAGAAAGUUUGAAGGCAAAGGAGAAAUCCCUCCUCAAUGGAAAUACGUUACAAAGGACACUGUACUCUCUGAGCUGAAAGAUUGA